AUGUCGGGCUCUUGCGUGGCGUGUCCAGGAGACCUAGAAAGCCGUGAAGACCCCAAACAACCCACAGCUACCUCGACGAUCGAGUACGACGACGAGAAGUCACCCGGAUACGACAGUUCCACAACGCAGAAGUGCCUGGUAGUCUUUACGACGAGCUUUGUCACCUUGGCGGCAUGCUUCAGCAGUACUUCGCUGUUUUCAGCGGCAGACCAGAUCGCCGCAAACUACGGAACAACCGCAGAGGUGAUCAAUGCAUCUAGCGCUGGAGUAUUGUUUGCUAUGGGCUUAUCCAACUUCGUCUGGGGCCCUAUCUCCAAGGUAUCAUGAUCAAAAAGCGCCUCGAGCAGCAAACCUACUAACCUGUUCGCAAGCUGUGCGGCAGAUUGAUCGCCUUUAACGCUUGCAUUGUGGCUUUGCUGCUCUUCACUAUCGCAGGCGCGCUGGCACCCAACUUGGAGGCGUUCGUCGUCUUCCGUAUCUUAAGCGGCUUUCAGGGCACGUUCUUUCAUGUGACAGGGCAGGCGAUCUUAGCCGAAUACUUUCCUCCUGUACGCCCUCUGCAACGAACCUCAGACUUUGGUCACUGACGAAAUGCCUCAGACCCGAAGAGGGACUGCGACCGGAUUUUUCCUAAGCGGCACAGUGCUUGGCCCGCCUCUCGGUCAGUUGUUGCCUCGACGAGAAGAAUAUGCUCAUCUGACUUUCAUCACAGGACCUCUGGUCGCUGGUGUAGUCACCACAUACCAAAGCUGGCGGGUCAUUCUGUGGACCCAAGCCGGCAUGGUGUUGUUAGGACUUGUUCUAUCGCUUGCAGUACUUCGAAAAGGAGGACGUCCGCCACUGAAAAUGAAUGAAGCUGGAUCUAUCGCGAUGCUGCGCUGCGUGCUCCACGCGUUCAACCCUAUGAGCGUCUUUGGGUUGAUGAAGUAUCCGAACGUGUUGCUUACUGUAAGCCAUGGCUGCUUGCUCGACGGCGAAAAGCUAAUUGUCCCCUCUAGGACAUAGCAUGCGGUCUUCUCAGCUGGUCACAGUAUGCUCUGCUUUCUAGUCCGCGACACAUCUUGGUCUCGCAAUAUGGUCUGACCUCACCACUCAUAUCAGCGCUUUUCUAUCUUUCACCGGCAGGCGGCUUUCUCCUAGGCACACUGUUAGGCGGCAGAUUCUCUGACCACACCGUUCGAAAGUGGAUCAAACUGAGAGAUGGUACACGCCUGCCGCAAGAUCGACUCCGCGCUGGAUCGAUUUCUUGGUUCUUUGUGAUCCCUGCGGCUUCGCUCAUAUACGGAUGGUCUAUUGAAGAGCACGCAGGAGGACUUGCUCUACCCAUUGUCUUUGCGUUCUUUAUUGCUGCAGGACUUCUCGCUGCGUUUGCAGGAUUGAAUACGUAUUGUGCAGGCAAGUGAAGCCCAAUCACGGCUCAGGUGCUUACUGACUCCUCGCAGAGGUCAUGCCUCAGCGCCGUCCCGAUGCUAUUGCAAGUAAAUACGUUGUCCAGUACAUGUUCUCCGCAGCUGCCUCUGGAGCUGCAGUGCCUUUGAUCGACGCGCUCGGUGUUGGAAUACAAUGUACAAUAAGUGAGUUCAGCAGAUGACUCGAUGCGAGGAUCUUGAGACUUAUGCUUGCGCAGGUGUCAUACUUGUUUACAUUGCCGGCGGACUCUGCUUUGUGACAGCUCUUUACGGCCGCAGGAUGCAGGACUGGGUAGACGGAAAGCAUAUCAAACCAUAG